AUGAGCCAAGAUUCAGUAUACUAUGGCAGGUCAGUCAACAAAGUGUACAACCAGGAGUUCAUUAUUGAUCGACGAUUCAAGAUCAUCAAGGAGUUGGGUCAUGGGGCUUAUGGUAUCGUUUGCUCAGCCAAAUACGAUGAUGGCACUAGCGCCGACCCAAACACCAAUCUGUCCUCCUCAGCUGACGGAUCAUAUGUAGCCAUCAAGAAAAUCACAAACAUCUUUAGCAAAAAGAUCCUUUGCAAACGAGCUUUGAGGGAGAUUAAAUUGUUACAAUUUUUUAGAGGACACAAGAACAUCACUUGUCUUUACGACUUGGAUAUUAUCCCCAAUCCAUUGACUGGUGAAUUUAAUGAAAUUUAUCUUUAUGAGGAAUUAAUGGAAUGUGAUAUGCAUCAAAUAAUAAGAUCGGGCCAACCAUUGACUGAUCUGCACUAUCAAUCAUUUAUAUAUCAAAUCUUGUGUGGAUUGAAAUACAUUCAUUCAGCAGAUGUGCUACAUAGAGAUUUGAAACCAGGGAACCUUCUCGUGAAUGCGGAUUGUGAAUUAAAGAUUUGUGAUUUCGGUCUAGCCAGGGGCUUUUCAGAGAAUCCAGAACAAAAUCAAGGAUUCAUGACAGAGUACGUGGCAACGAGAUGGUAUCGUGCACCAGAAAUUAUGCUUAGUUUUACAAAUUAUACAAAGGCAAUUGACGUGUGGUCUGUUGGAUGCAUAUUAGCAGAGUUGCUUGGAGGUAAGCCAAUUUUUCGAGGUAAAGAUUACGUUGACCAAUUGAAUCAAAUCUUGAUGAUUUUGGGAACACCACCGGAAUCGACAUUGGUGAAGAUUGGUUCACAAAGAGCACAAAAUUAUGUGAGGUCUUUACCAUUUAUGAAAAAGAUUAGUUAUAGACACUUGUUCCCCAAUGCUAAUCCUUUGGCGUUGGACUUGUUGGAAAAAAUGUUGGCAUUGGAUCCACACGAACGUAUUAGUGUCAAUGAAGCAUUGGAACAUCCAUACUUAGAAGUGUGGCAUGACCCUAGAGACGAACCUGAAUGCCAGGUUAAAUUCGAUUUUAAAACAUUCGAGACAUUUGAAGAACUAGAUGAAAUGAAGCAACUUAUCAUGGAGGAGGUUAGAACGUUCCGUGAUUUUGUCAGAAAACCAAUAGAGGAACAACAACAGAUACAAUUGCAAAUGCAGAUCCAACAACGUGAAAAACAAGAACUGGAAGAGCAACAAAGACAGAAUCGAUCUCUUGAUGUUAGCUCGUCAUCAAAUAUUCGGGAAGAUGACUACCCCAAACCACAAGAAUUGAAUGAUUUUUCUUUCCAAAGCCUUGAAUCAAACAAUUAUCAAUAUGAUUCCGGAGAUGCCAACAUGAGUGGCAUAAACUUGAACGAUUUUCCCAACACGCUAGGACCAGAUUACUAUAAACUCGAAGAAGAAUUGGGGUUUGGACUAGAUGGAAAUGCGUUUGACAAUUUCAAUCAAUAA